AUGGAUGUUGCAGAUACCAGCGUAGAUAUUUGGAUAAGAUUCUUAGGAAACGACUCUUUGCUGCAGCCUCUGUGGGAUAGCAUGAGGCUCAACUACACAGACUAUUUGAGAUCUCCUCUCUUCCCCAUUGUUCUAACCGUGUCUUCCUACUUUGUCUUGUGCCUUCCUUUUCUGGUUUGCCACAUCGUGAGAGAAAGGUGGCCGUGGGUCCAGCAAUUCAAGAUCCAACCUAGCCGUCGUCCUGCAGCCUCUACACUGCUGCACUGUGCAGGCGUCACCUUGUAUAACCAUGCGUUUCUUGUGCUCCCAGCAUCAGUGGACAUGCCACCUGUUGACCUGCCGGACCAGGCUCCCUCCCUGCUGGAGCUGAUUGCUGGGGUGAUAAGCAACCUCCUGCUCUUUGACUUACAGUACAUCAUCUGGCACUUGAUCCAUCACAGGAUCCGCUGGCUGUAUGUAACUUUCCAUGCCAUCCAUCAUAAUUACUCAUCUCCUUUUGCUUUAGCCACUCAGUGUCUUGGCAAACACGAUGUGCACCAUCAGAAACCCAACACCAAUUUUGCACCACACUUUAGCCACUGGGAUAAAAUAUUUAGCACGCAUGCUGAUUUCAGCUUCUCUACUGCUAUGAAAUAG